UUCCCAGUAUUUAGACAAUUGACCCGGCAUCAUGGGGUGUCAUGCCUGUUAUAAUAUUUAAAAGCUAAUUCAACGUGCUUGAUCUUUUGAUCCUAUAAAUUGGAUUACACUUUAGAUUUAGCAAAAGUUGCAAAGAAUCAACGAAUGCAAUUCCAGGGUAGAUAUUUGAAUACGUAAAUAAGGUAAGCCUUAAUCCUAUAAUAUAUACAUUUGAUAUACAUAUAGGGUUUCUGUAGAUCUACUUAGAUGGAAUGAAGGAUUAGAUAAUACUAAAAUACCUAAUAUCAAUUGAAUUCAUAUGCAAAGAAGAACUUUACGUGACUCACAGACGUGUCACAAUAACUUUUAGGAAUUGUUUCAUGCUUAAUAAACUUAAAUUAAGUAAGUCACGAUUCCGGGGUGUUUUCUAGUUUUCACUACAUGAUUUGAAAACAAUUGUGACACCUUGACCCUCUGUGCUCUAUAUCCAUCGUUUCACUUUUUUCGCCUAUUUAACGUUGCUACUUUGACCCACAUAAAAUGUAUCGACUUUGUACCUGUCAAAGUGUAAUUCGAUUAAAAGUUCGCACUACCUUAAAACCAAGUAGAUUUUGGGAAAAUUCCUUGAAUUUAUGUUAUUAUAGCAAUGCUGUUGUACAUGUGUGAAAAUUGCAUUGCAUAGAACAUACUUCAAAUAUCUCCAGCAAACAAUUAAAUAAGAAAACCCAACAAGGAAAUAAAAGUUCAACAAAAUUAUUACAGCAAGUGUUUUUACAAUCCCAGGUUAUUUUGCAGAUUUUCAGACUCUUAAACGGCAACCCGUGUCGAUGACAAAAACCUUAUCAAUGAGAAAACCCAAAAAAUGAGCUUUUCUCUGACCAAAGAGCAGGUGUCCGCCUGGCGGACCAACUUCUACAAUUCGCCGCAUAAUUGCCUGGCCCAGAAUGUGUGUUCAUCCCACGAUCCCAUGCAGAUGGCCCUCAAUGCUCCGGUGGUUCAGAACUCCCUGGGAUCGGGCGUGAAAUCGUGGCAUAUGGCAACUGGGCCAGGAAAAGCGACCACUGGCGGUCCCGGAUGGAUUUGCACAGGCUUGGAUAUGCUACGACUGGCAAUGGAUAAACAGAUUCCCCUGCCCGUGGAUUUUGAAUUCUCCGCCAGUCAUUUGGUCUUCUACCACAAAUUGGAGCGUUGCAAUUACUUUCUGAUAAAUGUAUGCAAACUGCUGGAGUCAGGUGAGGCUCUGGAAGGACGGUUGUUCCAACACCUGCUGAAGAACGCAGUGCCGGACGGUGGAAACUUUGACAUGUUCAGGAAUCUGGUCAAAAAGUAUGGUAUUAUGCCUCGAUCAUGUUACCUGCACAACACCAGUUCGAUUGCCCAAGUCAACAAGAUAUUGAGGAGCAAGCUCCGAGAGUACGCUUGUCGUCUUCACCAACAGUUCACUCUCGAAGGUGACAGCAAAAGCCUACCCGAAAUCAUUAAGGGCAUGCUCCCAAAUCUCUACAACGUUCUGGUCAUCUGCCUGGGGGAGCCGCCUGUGGAAUUUACCUGGGAGUUCCUUGACCAAAAGAAACGCUACCAGUGUUUGAUGAACAUAAAUUCGGUGAAUUUAUAUGAUGUGAUUGUAGGACCCACCUUUAAGCUUGAUUCUUGCGUUUCCCUGGCUCACGAUCCGCGAGAGACCUCUAGCUAUAACACCAACUACAAAGUCGCACACAGUUCCAACAUGGUUGGGACGAAGGACCACAUUUACAACAACCAACCCAUGGAUGUGAUAAUGAAGAUCAUAGCGGACGCUCUGAAUGGCGGAAGUACAGUGUGGCUGGGCUGUGACCUUCGCCAUCGGUUCAAGGCCAAGCCUCUUGCUUUGAGCCUCGAAACCUAUAAGCUUGAUAUGGUCUUUGGCCUUGAUGUGGGCAAAACGCUUACGAAAGCAGAGAGACUCAUGUACAAGGACUCACGCCAGGAUUCGACCUUACUUCUGACGGGGAUAGGAUUGGAUUCUACGGAGCAGCUUGUACAAUUCAGCACCAUUACGGCAUCGGCUGUGGGCAAGGAUGCGAUAGCGAAGAACAAGAUCUUCACUAUUGACGCAGAUUGGUUGAGGGAAUACGCCUUCGAGAUUGUGGUUAACAAAAAAUUUGUUCCAAAGGAUGUUCUUGAUGCCGCCAAAUUAUCAGACGUUAUGCCACUGCCUCCUUGGGAUCCCAUGGGAGCCUUGUAUGCGUAGUACGAGUAUUUUAUACCGAAAAGUAUACUUUAAGUAGAUUGAUUGCCAAAAUCCUGCCAAAACUGCUUAGAUUGAACUCUACAAAUUAUUUUGUAUAACUCUCGACUUUGGCUUGAUUUCAAGAACUUGUAAAAUAAAACUCUUUGACAGAUGUAAAGCUAUUCCCAUCAAGUACUUAAAGUGGCUCAAACUGA